GGCAAAGACCAUCCUGCUCCAGUAUUCAGGGUUACUGUUCCAGUGAAGACUGUUCUUAGGAACUCAGCAUUAUGAUCAUUAAGGGUGUGGUGCUUCUCCUCCUGGUGGCACUCUCCAGUGCUGUCGUCUACGAGCGUUGUACCUGGGCGAAAUUGCUGAAAAGUCAAGGGAUGGACGGAUUUCAUGGCAUCAGCCUCCCCAACUGGGUCUGUCUGACUAACUGGGAAUCACACUUUAACACCAACGCCAUUAACCACAACCGUGAUGGAUCCACUGACUACGGAAUCUUCCAGAUAAACAGUCGUUGGUGGUGUGACGAUAGAACGACAACCACCUCAAAUGCCUGCAACGUCGCUUGUGAAACUCUACGCAGCAGUGUCUCUGCAUCGAUCAGAUGCGCCAAAAGGGUUGUUCAAGAUCCUCAAGGCCUAAGUGCAUGGGUGGCAUGGCGUGUUCACUGCCAGGGCCGAGACCUGAGCGAGUACAUCAGAGGGUGUGUCCUGUGAUCCCCACAUGGAUAAUGCAGCACUGAGUCAUACAGAGUCAAAGACCCGAAUGGUCUUUUAAAUCACUUUAGUGGAUAAUUAUCUUCUCCUGACACAGCAAAUCUGAUCUAUGUGAUUAUAAAACAAACUUCAUGAUAAUCUUUUCCUUAAUCCUUAAAAUCGCAUUAAAACUCUUCUAUUCACGA